AUGGCGCCUCCGUCCCCGAGACGUUCCUCUCGAGCCCGCGCUGCCCACCCCCAGUCACAACAAUCGUCUUCCGGCGUCUCCAGUCGUUCCGAGAGAAAUACGCGAUCCAUUCAUCGACCCUCAUCGGACAAGUCUACCCCGAGCGCCUCCUUGUCCUCGGAGCCAUUAGAAGAUUCUGAGGACGGGCCGAUGCCUCGCCGACGACGACGCGGACUCGAUGACGAUCCAGACAAGAUGCUACAGAGCGAUAUACUAGAUAGAAUGACCAACGCGAGCGAUGACAUGCAGGACGAGGAAGAUGAGGCUGUCCGAUGCAUCUGUGGCUCGGAGGACUAUCCAGGGCGCCCGCUCGUCGACGGCCCCGACGCAGAAAUAUUCGCAUCAGUAGACCUUACUGCAGAGGAUGUCACUGGAUUCUUUGUUCAAUGCGACAUUUGCAAAGUUUGGCAGCAUGGUGCCUGUGUGGGAAUAUUCAGUGCGGAGAGCUCGCCCGAUGAAUACUUUUGUGAGCAAUGCCGACAGGAUUUUCAUCAGAUUACCGUGGCAAACAAUGGACCCAUCAAGGAGAAGUCAGAAAAGGACGAGCGAGAACGCCAAAGGCAGGAAUCUGCAAAUAAACGAAAGAAUCGCGCUGAGCGACGCCGUGCCGAGGACUCGGACGUCUCAGAAGAAAUGCCCAUAGCUACGACCAAAUUAGAAGCGCCUAAGGCCAGCGAACCUUCGUCAGCUUCUGAACCAACCCCGACCGUCGCUAAUGCGCCCGGAACACCGCCACCAACAAGUGUCCUGAUUGGUAGUUCGCAUAAAAGACCAGCAAAGUUCAAUCAAAAACGAAUCAGAGGCAAAAAUCAGUAUACGAAAGACCGUGACGAGAACGAGGAGUCACCUGCUCGCUCGGUAUCACGGGAUAUUCAGCGGACUGUGGAAGAGUCGCAACCCAAAUCCCCAUCGAGCGACACACGACAAGGCUCCAAAGCUAAAGCCACCGCUACCAGUAAAAUGACGAUGUUGGACAUGAAAAGACGUGUUGCUGCGAUUAUGGAGUUUAUAUCGCGUACACAGCUUGAUUUGGCGGCGGAGGCAGCUUAUCAAAUGAGCUCCAGUUCUGGGGAGGCCACCCCACACAAUAUCCCGACAGACGACGAAAGCAAUGCCAAAAAGCACGCUGGCGUCUUGGGUGAAACAGCAGAGGGAUCUGUCACUGAAAAGGAAUUUCGAAAUUUGACAUGCGUGGAAAUGAUGGAUGUCUUGACUCGGGACAUGGUCAAAUGGCAAAACCACUAUACAUAG